AUGAAGGAUUUGUCUACAGUCUCCUUUCUGCACGGCCUAAAGCGGUUCAUAUGCACAAGACGAAGGCCGCAACAAAUUUGGUCAGAUAACGCAACUAAUUUUGUCGGCGCCAGGAAUGAGCUUUUGGAUCUAAAGCGCCUAUUUCUCAGCGACGGCCAUCAGAAGGCGGUCCUGGAAUUUUGUUUGGUUGAGGCUAUUGACUGGCACUUCAUACCGCCACGCUCCCCGCACUUUGGACGCCUGUGGGAACCUGCAGUGAAGACGGCCAAGUAUCACUUCUAUCGUGCUAUAGGCACCUCGGUGCUUGGAUUUGAAGAACUGCGUACGCUGUUAUGCCACAUCACGGCAGUUAUUAAUUCAAGACCCUUAGUAUCCAUUUCAGAGAAUCCUGCCGAUCUGGACGUUUUAACUCUAGCUCAUUUCUUGUAUGGCGGACCUCCUGCUUCGUUCGCUGAGCCUGACGUAACUCAGCUAAAAUUCGAUAGCCUGAACGGAUGGCAGCGCGUUUCAUAUUUGCAGCAGAUCUUCUGGUCCCGAUAG